AGCUGUGCCAGUUGUGUAGGUUCAGAAACGUAAAACGUAGUGAUUAUAUGCUCUUUGGUUCAGAUCAGACUGUUCAGAGUUAUUCAUUCUUCAUUGAAAAACCUUUCUUCUAUAGUUCUAGGAAAUAUUCUUUUGUUUGAUUCUAAAGUUUAAAUCAAAAUUGACAAAAUAUAUCAACAUCAAUAUAAUGCCACAACACACCUAUCCAUCAAACUAAAACCAAUAUCCGUCCCAAAUUUUUUUGUCAUUAUAUAGCAAUACUACAUUUUCUUUAAUUUUUUUCAAUAUUUUAUGUGUUUAUCAAGAUUGCUCAGCGCUGCAAAGGUAGCGCUGCAAGGGGCAACGCCAAGUUUCUUGACUUCGAAACGGAAGCCAGAGCCCCUGUUUCGGGCACCUGUACGCCAGAUCUUCGGCCUGAUUCCUGAGAACCAGUACGAAAAUAAUAUUAUACCGAAGAGGCUUCAGAUCGGCUAUGCAUUGCUGCACUAUUGGGAGACCAUCCCACUGUUCAUAUGCGUGGCUUUUGAUAUUUUCUUCGUCCUGGGCUAUGUUGGAAUAUAUGGAGGCGUAAUGCACAGGGUAGACACCCAGUUCUCGAAGCAUUGUUGGAACAAUAUCUCGAGGAAUAUGGAUCUACGCAACCCCACGAUUCACAAGUUCCUUGUGUUCUACCAGCGCUACGAACCCUGGCCUGAGAUGCAGAAUGUUCUGGACAAAAUGACACAGGCUGAACACCGUAAGCAGGCGCGCCUAGACAGUUGCGGGAGCCCCUAGGCUCUUAAAUAUUUGGACUUUUUUAUACCCAUCCUUGCUGGGCGUUCAGAGGAAAUUUCACUAUCGACCUUUAUUGCUUUUACAUAUUCGAGCGAUAGAGGCAAAUAGAUGAACGAAAGAACGAAGUUGUGAAACGAAAAUCGUAAAUUCUUUAUCCGCCUCCCUAUCGCCUGAAUAUGCAAGAACGGUAGAGAGGCAGAUAACGAAAUUUCGAUUUUCGUGGUAGACCCUUUGAAGCGAGCGUGGUAAGAGAUGGAUAUCAAAAAGGCUAGGCAAAGUGAGUCAUGCAAAAAAAGAAAAAACCUAGUAUUCGUAUAAGAAAAUCUGUGAUUCACUUUUUCAUAUGUAGAUAAGUGUACCUAAGUAUUUCGCACAUUGACAUAAAAUAUAUGCUACCGCAGUAAAAACUACUAUGUCAAUGAGCACUGUGCAGUGUUCUUUGGUGUGUAUAGUUUAAGUGAACUCAAUGUGUUAAUUAAUAUACAUUAAUGAAAAAUUUUAGGUUUAUGGGUUUUGUUGUUCAUUGGCUUAAAUUACAGCCCUGAAAGGGUAAAACUAUAUGGCCAAUCUGCUCGGAACUUGACCACGGCGUUCCCUGUUUUCUCCUUACCUUACCUAACCACACAUACUCACACUUCAAUUAUUUUGAUGAUAAAGAAAUGAAAGCUUCCUUAACUCUAUGCGUUUAGCAGUUAAAUACCUUCUUCUUGAACUCGGGGAACUCAGUGGACAUAGAAUUAGACAAGUUUAUAUUGAUUUUGUAUUUAUUGCGACUUACAGCUGUUUUUGAAUCGCAAAUACAUAAUUUGUUGCGUGA